UGUUUGAAACUUAUCGGAAAAGGCUAUAAUCGUCGUUAAAUAUUAUUAAAAACUCUAGCUCGAUAGUAUAAUAACAAUAAGUGUAACUUAUUAUUUAAGAAGAUAAACUCGAAAUGUAACAAUAUUUUGCUGGCAAGCGUAAAGUAUUUGACGCGUACACUAUUUUAUUCAUAUAACGCUAGGUACUUUAUUUAUUUUUGUUUUGAACUGUAAAAUAUGUCAUCACCUAUUGUGGUUUUAUCAUCAUCGUCAUCAAGCUUAGAAGAAACUGGCUGGGAAAACGAAUCAGAUAGUCCAUUUAAAGGAAAACCAACUGUAAAAUCUACUAAAAAAAGCGAAGUGAUAAAGAAAUUAUUUACCAAAGAAAAAUCGCCAGAUGGGCCCCCGAAGCAAAAUGAAAUAACGAUUAUGAUAGCAGGAGUGAAAGUGAAUCUACCAGUAAACCCUUAUGGGAUUCAGAAGGCGUUGAUACAUCAGGUAAUAAAGACCAUAAAAGCUGCUCAGAAUUGUCUGCUGGAAAGUCCAACUGGAUCGGGUAAAACAUUAGCACUGCUAUGCGGAACACUGGCUUGGCUGCAGGCGGAAAAAGAACGUAUAAACAAACUACAAAUGGAGAGUUGUUUUGAAGAGAUUCUCGAGAACAAGAUGGAUGACUCAGCAAGCAACUCAAACAACCGAAAACACGUUGACAAUCCUUUCACCUCCGAAGUGUCCUUCGCCAAGCCUGAAUACGGUAAAAAAAGCAUAUACAGUUCACCGAAGAAGUCCGAUAGUUCGCCCAGGCACUAUGCAAUGUCAUCAGGCAGUCCUGAUACAAAUACCAUAGGUACACACGGAGCUACCAGCAUAGAUGAAGAACAAUCCCAAACCCGAAAGAAAUACAAAGCUGAGAACAUUACCAAUAUAUCUGACUCUCCACGGUCUCCGUCUAACUCACAGAACCCGCCGAAACAUGAACGGGUUCCAGUCGUGUACUACGGUACCAGAACCCACAAACAGCUACAGCAGGUGAUCAAAGAGUUCAAACGCACGGUCUACUGCAAGGAGAUACGUAUGUCGAUACUGGCCGGCAGAGACCGCACCUGUCUAAUGCCAUUCGAUCGUAAAGUCUGGAAAACCAAGGACGAUAUGUGCGCUGAGUGCAUCAAAACCAAAUCAAGUCUGAUGAAUGCGUCAUCACCGCAAACGUCAAGCUGCAAAUUCUACGACAACCGAAUUCGCUUGAUACCUCCGCAACUGCAGUACGCCAAGAGGUACGUUAAGAUGGGCCAGGAUGAGGCUGCAAGAGGAGAAACAAUAGAUUUUUUCAUCAAGACGUUACAAAUAUGGGAUAAGUGUUUAAUAGAACAAUCCGAUCGCGUAUCGCGCGAGAACACCGACAUGUGGAACAUGAACGAGUUCAUGGCUAUGCUGAAUGAAAAUGGCAUCGGACAAAACAAUUAUCAUAAUUUCAAUUUUCAUUUAUCAAAACUGUUACGUAUGCAAGAUGAUUUGUACGGUGUAGGACAACACACGGUCGCCUUGUUAGAAACAAUGGACUCUGCUCUCGGAUACCUUUUCAAGGACGAAUGUAAGCACGCCGAAGACUUCGUGCCGAUGUUGCUGAAGGGUGACGACUCGCGCGCGCUCUAUCGGCGACGGUCGUAUACCGGCGAGUUCAAAGGUGCGAACAUAUCGAUACGUCUUCUAUGCAUGAGUCCAGCGGUGCUGUUCGAGGGUCUGACGAAGGCUCGAUCUAUAAUACUGGCCUCCGGUACACUGUCGCCCGUGGGCAGCAUGAAGCACGAGCUCGGCGCCGAGUUCAACGUGUCGUGUUUGAACCACGUCAUCUCUAGAGAACGGGUAUGGAUAGGAACAUUAAGAAACUGCGAGAGCUCGGAACAAUUGAAAUGUACGAAGGAUAAUAUGGAGAAGAAACAAGUACAGGAUUCCAUAGGGAAGGCUAUAUUGAGGGUGUGUGACGUCACGCCCCAUGGAGUGCUGUGCUUUCACUCCUCGUACACAUCCAUGAGGUUGCUGCAUCAAAGAUGGCAACAAACUGGCUUGUGGGACAAAUUGAACAGCCUAAAAUAUAUAUUUAAGGAGAGCGACAAUACGACUGAUCAUGAUGAAAUUAUGAAGGAGUACUACAGCGCCGCGGAGGUGGAUCGAGGCGCGAUCCUGUUCGCCGUGUACAGGGGGAAGGUCUCCGAGGGCAUGGACUUCAGGGACCGGCAAGCCAGGGCCGUUGUGACGAUCGGCGUGCCCUUCCCAACGAUCGGAGACAGGAUGGUCACGGAGAAAAUGAAAUACAACGACAAGCAUUCGAAUGGGAAGAAGUUAAUGCGCGGCUGGGACUGGUACAACGUGCAAGCCUUCAGAGCCAUGAACCAAGCCAUAGGACGUUGCGUGAGGCACCUCAACGACUGGGGCGCCGUUCUGAUGAUCGACGAGAGAAUCGCAGAACAAAGGAACCUUGAAUAUCUCUCUAAAUGGGUGCGAGACUUCCUCGGAAACAACCAUUUUACCUUCGACGAAUUAAUCCAUAGACAAAACAGCCUCACAAGAUUCAUGGAGAACAUGAGCAAAGAAUAAUAUAUUUUUUUUUUGCUUAA